AUGCGAGGUGUUAUAUUUCAGAUUCUACAGCUAGUUCACUUAAAGAAACGAUUGAGUUAUUUUUUUGCCAAAAAUGGCUUGAGCUUGACAAAGAUUCGUGGUCAAGGUUAUGAUGGCGCAAGCAAUAUGAGUGGUCAAUUCAGUGGUCUGAAAAGCUUGAUUUUAGUUGAAAAUAAUUUUGCGUACUAUGUUCACUGCUUUGCACAUCAACUUCAGUUAGCUCUAGUAGCUUAUGCUAAAAAGGUUUACGCAUUGACUAACUUCUUUAAUUCUAUACAGUUGUUGUGUAAUGCAGUUGGUGCUUCUAGCAAAAGAGCAGAUAUUUUGAGAGAAAAGCAAUUUGAUGAGAUAGUCAAAAGUAUUGCAAGCGAUGAUGUUCAAUCUGGGAGAGGCUUGAAUCAAGAAAUGAGUUUGUCACGACCAGGGAACACACGUUGGAGCUCACAUUACCGAUCAUUGGUAAGUCUGUGUACAUUGUUUGAUCAUGUGCUUGAUGUGCUAGAAAUUAUAAAACACGAUACAACCCUUAUGCAUGCAAAAAAGUCUGAAGCCUCUAGCCUUAUGAUGCGUAUGCAAACUUUUGAAUUUGUAUUACUUUUGAACCUGAUGAUCAAGGUCUUGGCAAUACCGAAUGAGUUGUCACAAGCACUUCAAAGAAAAGAUCAAGAUAUUGUGAAGGCUAUGACUCUUGUAAAAGUUUCAAAGGUGUCAUUACAGAAGAUGAGGGAUAAUGGGUGGGAUGAUCCAUUUCAGAAGACUUCUGAAUUUUGUAUAAAACAUGAUAUAGAUAUCUCUGAUAUGGAAAGUGUACUUUCAUUACAAGGGAGAACAAAACGUAAAGGAACAAUUACUCAUCUGCAUCACUUUAAUGUUGACAUAUUUUAUGCAGUGAUAGAUACUCAACUUCAAGAGUUAAAUGAUCAUUUUAGUGAACUCGACACAUAUAUUGUUGAUAUGCAAAGUGAUCCUGAUUUUUUGAAUUUGCAAGGAAUAGCUUAUCUUGCCAAGAUGAUGGUUGAAAAGAAAAAACAUAUUACGUAUCCUUUGGUUUAUUUACAUAUAAAGUUAGCAUUAACUUUGCUUAUAGCAACUGCAUCUUUGGAAAGAGCAUUUUCAACUAUGAAAUACACCAAGACUGCACUUCGUAAUCGGAUGGGGGAUGAAUGGUUGAAUGAUUGUUUAGUGCCAUAUAUUGAAAAAGAUGUAUUUGAUAGCAUUGAUAAUAAGGGUGUUGAUGGGGAGCAUAAUACUAGUGGUAUGAGAGGGUUUGUGACUGAAGAAGCAAAACAAGGCACAGUGAAAGCAACUGAAGCAAUGGAAAGUAUGGGAGAAACUGCUAAGGAGACUGUGGACACUGCAUGGGAUGCAGCAAAGAACACUGCACAGACACUGACAGAGACAACCACUGCUGAGGCUGAUACAAAUGUUGUGGACACUGCGGAGUAUAGAAGUGCUGAAGAUUUGAGGGGGGAGCUUGGAGAUGGCUAUGAUAAUAUAGAGUUAUAA